AUGGGCACCGUCCCCAACCCAAAAAGGACUGUUACAGUCCAAAUGGUCCCAAAGACACCUGGAGAUGAUGUCUUGGUCAACAAGGACUCAAAUGCUAACUGGAAUCAGGAGUCAAACCUAAAGAGAAUCCAAGAUUGCUCUUCUUCUAUACCAGUGACACUUAAGUCUGAUAAUGUGUCUCUGACAUCUAUCCAAACUGUUAAAACUGCAAAUCCAGAUAAAACAAUAAAGGAAGAGACAUUGAGUGCUCCUUCCUCUGCUAGUGUGGGUCACAGAAAGUGUGAGUCUCUGACUGGACAAGAAGGUGAGUUAAACGUAGAGACGACUGGUCAGCGUCAGAGGAACAGAGGGGAUAGCCACCAAGAUGGUAAUGCUAAUUUGGGAACAUUAUCUGCUUUGCACACCAAACAAGAGGAGGAUUGCGGGGUUUUUUUAUUUGCAGUAGGUAAACCAUCAAAGACUGACCGGCAGACAAAUGACAUAGCAGCGAGUGUAACAGAGGCAGAAGGAUGUCUUGGGCCCAAAGCGCAAAGCAAAAUGUUAACAGCUGAAGAUUCCCUUUUGGCAGAUGGCAAAGAGGCUGAAAGGAGUCAAACGUCAAACACAUCAAGCGAUCCAAACCUUAAAGCAUUAGGAGGUUCAGUAUCCCAGCAGAGUGAUUCUGAUGGAGCAAACAAAAGUGACUCACCACAAAUACUUAGAUCAAAAGGCAUCGGUUAUAGUGUCUGCCCAUCUCAAUGUUCAUCCACCAGCAGUCCUCAGCCAACUCUAACUCAACGUGAAUCACCCAGGAUAAAUUCCUUCAACCCUCCAGAAAUGGAGCACAAUUCAGCAGAGAAGUCAAAGCUGAAACAGAGUGAAGACAUGCCAGGGACACGCAGCGUUUCCCCUGAACUGGCAGAGACAAAACCAAAAGACUCCGAUUAUGGUUGCCUUGAGAAGGACCUGAGACCACCAGAAAUCUCACAAACUCCACUAGGAGGUUCUUCAUCCCCAACAUCUGGCAGUCCAUCUUCUACUGGAGUGUCCAUAAACUGUUCCUCAGGUUUGAAAGUGACAGACGAAGCUGUUCAGACACAGAGUGAUGCCCUGGAGGGCAAGCGGAAGGUUCAUUGUAAAGUCUACCGUGAGGCCUCUACCAUGACUUCUGUAUUGGAAUAUGGCUCCUCAUCCUGCAUACAACAGCAUGAUGUAGAGGUACAGGCAGUGGCCAAAGUCUGCAGUCGGGCUGUGUCCACCAGCCCAACUCUGUUUCCCCAGACACCCUAUCAAAGUCCCUUGGGUCCUAAGAUGGAGGCGGGUGAGAGCCUGUCCGUCGUUUGUAAACUGGAGAAUGCGACAGUGCCUGUACUUGUCCCCUCUCAAAUCUAUAUCAGCACCACAGUACCCAAGUCUUGUGACCAUUCUGCUGUCAGCCUAUCAGACAGACAUCCUCAAACCAGUGGCGUGGUGAUUUACACAGACACAGCCUUGCAGCAGGAGUCUAGGCUAGGAGCCAAACCUAAAGAGUCAGGACCUCCUGUGUUUAAUGUCCAGAAAGGUCUUCCACCACUUCAGCCAGUGUAUCAGAUCAAUAUUGAAACGUGUAGUCAAAACCAGCCAAGCAGCCACAACUUGAACAAAACCUCACCCGCAGUUUCUGUUUCGGAGCCCUCGAUCGACUCUGCAAUUGCAGGAAGGGGCACUGCAUCAUCAGGGCAAGUGUGCCAAGUUCUAUCUGACACCAGCACUAUGCCAGCUCAGACUGCCAGUCCUCCUACCUCCACCCCACAGGAGGCAGCCCAGUGUGCAAGUGCCAAAGAGCCCAGAACAGAAGGCGUAAAGUUUGCAACAACAAGCUCCUUAGCAAGCAGUUGCCAGAAGACUGUGAGCAAGCAAGCUGCAGUGGGACAGAAUGAACCGCAGGUGGAACCGGAGAGGGAGGAAGAGGAGAAGGCAGCUAGGCAGACGAAGAAAAGCAUACAUGAUGUGGUGUGGGACGAACAGGGAAUGACAUGGGAAGUGUAUGGAGCCUCGCUUGAUCCAGAGUCACUAGGCUUUGCCAUCCAGAGUCAUCUCCAGUGUAAGAUCAAGGAACAUGAGAAGAAGAUCAUGGCACAGACAGUUCUGCAGAAGUCUAUGUCAGGAGCCAUAGAGGAGUCACCCUCGCAGAGGAAGACCAAACGGAGACAGGCUAAUGUUUUCAGAUCCAUGUUUCAAAACUUCAGACGACCCAACUGUUGUCUCCGCCCUCCUCCUUCCGCAGUCUUGGAAUGA